AUGGCCGACUGGACAACUGCAUUCACAAUCGGGCUCAUCUCUCACAACCAAGGCAAUUCGUCCACUCAUGUAAUUGAAGUAAAUGGAGCAUUUCAGGCAUUUUGGGCUUCGUUUCUCUUGUUACACCUUGGCGGUCCAGACACCAUCGCUGCCUUCUCUUUAGAGGAUAGUUCGCUUUGGCGACGACACCUGUUCAGUCUCAUCUUCCAAGUAAGUGCUGCCAUCUAUAUCUUUGUGCAGAUAUUUCCCAGUAACAAAUCAUUGGUGAUCCCGACAAUGCUGGUGUUUCUUGCUGCGGUCAUUAAAAAUGUGGAGAGGAUAUUAGUACUUAAUCUCUCGAGCCUCCCAAGGUUCAGGGUACGGGUGUUCUCACAUCACAAGCACUCAAAAAAUUCAAAAAUCAGGUUGGUUGAAGAACUCAAUGUUCUAGGGGAUAGAUAUCCUGAGGGAGAAGAAGCAAAGCUUGCCGAGAGCAUUGUGGUCAAGCAUGCUCGCCACUUCCUUAAUAUCUUUGAUAUCUUUCUCAUAGAUCUCAUCUACUCAAGUGAAGAACGCAUGAUGAGUCGCGAAUAUUUUCGCAAAGUUUCUGCAAUGGAUGCGUUGAGGGUGAUAUCAGUCGAACUUAAUUUCUUUUAUGAGAUGCUCUACACAAAAGCAUUGACAGUACAUUCUAAGCGAAGCUACAUUUUCCGCUCCAUAGCCUUCAUUAAUGUUGCGAUCACUUUCAUCCUAUUCAAUCGCUUGAAUAAGCAUCAACUUCCCAAUCUCGAUAUGAAAAUUACUUAUUCCCUUCUUUUCGGAGGGAUUGCACUUGAUGUGAUAGCUCUGCUCAUGCUCGUUUUCUCCGAUUGGACUAUUGCCGGUAUCAAGUGGGACAACACAACAUCAUCUAAACUACAUUCAUUUCUCCACAAGUUUGUACCCAACAUGGAUACCCUGCGGAAGCCUCAAUUCGCCACAUGUAAAGUUGAGCCUAAUGCCAAUGUUACUUACAAGGUCUUAAAUACACCAUUAAUAUUUCAAAGGUGGUCAGAGUCCAUCUCUGCUUGCAAUCUUUUCUCUGAGUACUUGGAUGAGAGUCCAAGAAAGAUGCCUAGACAAAAUCGGUGGUGGGGCAUCAUUCCUUGUUCCAAUGUCUGCGGUUUUCCAUUCCGUAUCGCUAAGAAGAUCAUCUAUUAUUUCGUGAAAGUUAAGGACAUGAUUAGGAGAGAGGAAAUGUUUAUGAUUGCGAAUUCGGAGAAUGUGUCGAAGAACCCUUUUAUGAAGAAACUAUGGAUCUUCAUCUUUAAGGAAGUGAAACGUAAAUCCGAGAAGGCGGAUAAUCUAACAGAGGUGAAGAACAUUGUUGAAGCUAGAGGUGCUAUGUUUCUCAAUAGCAUACUGGAGGGGAUCGAUUGUGGCGAUCUUUUAGGGUAUGUCACCGAGGCUAAUUAUGACAGCACUAUUUUGCAGUGGCAUGUUGCUACUGAAAUAUGGUACAACAUAGAGAAAGUCACAGAAAGAAAUGACGAAAGAGAAUUCAGCAAGAUCCUCUCCGACUACAUGUUAUAUCUUUUAUUUAAUCAGCCUAAUGUGGUGUCUGCCGUGGCAGGCAUUGCCCAAAUCACAUCAUUAACUAUGUUGAUAAGUAUGCAGUUCAAUGUUCCCGAUGUUGGUGCAAGGAAUGUAGAGGAGUUGUGCAGCAGCUGUUUUGCAUACGAUCGACACAGUUUCCCUGGACCGGGAGACCUACUCCACGAGGGGUUCAAAUUGGCCCACAAGAUGGAAAGCCUCAAGGAAAUGAAAUGGACGGUGAUGAGCGGAGUGUGGGUUGAGUUGUUGUCAUAUGCAGCGAGUCAUAUCAAGGGAGAGGCACACGUGCAGGUGCUGAGGAAAGGUGGAGAGCUUCUUACCUUCGUUUGGCUGUUGAUGGCUCAUUUUGGUUGUUUCUACAGACCUGAAUUGGGCAUGUCUUAUGAUCCCCUGAGGCGUUUCCCAGAAGGAUAUUAA